AUGCAAGCAUUCCUGCAGACCCUACAUGAGCAGUACCGCACCGAGUACUACGGCCCAUGGCAUACAAGAGAAUGCUACCCAUGGGAGUACGACGUCAAGGCUCAAGAAUGUAUCCAAUUGGCUAGCAAAUCAGACCCUCAAUUCUUCCUACCGCAAGCCAAAAUCCUUCAAGACCGAGCGGCCUACAUACGUCAAGAAUGGGCUAGACUUGAGGCCUUACAAGCCAUUCAGCCAGUCACUCAGCCAAUCACUCAGCCAGCCACUCAGCAAGUCACUCAGCCAAUCACUCAGCAAGAGGAGGAACCACUACAGGCAAAUGCGGAGAACACUGCGGAGAGCACUGCGGAGAAAGCAAGCGACAACAAGGCCACCAUCACCAAGAACACGGCUCAGCUCUCCAAGAUCCCACGUCAUAUGCUAUCCACGCUCCCACGUCAAACCACCACUCAGCAGGAGAACGACACUACAAUUUGGCCUGCUAUCUCUGCAUGCCUGGGCAAUAUCACAUUGUGGUACAUCACUGCAAUGACGAUACAAGAGAAGGACCUACUGCGGCGGUCACAGCCAAAUCACUAUGGCCAAUUGGGUCUCUGCAGAGGAACAUCGGACGAUGGAUAUUUGGACGAAUUGAAACCGUCUGAUGUCUUGCUCCGGUACUAUUCGAGGGGUUUCACUGCGGCAGGAGAACUCGUGGGAUUCACACCACUAAUUGGCCUGGUCUCUCCAUUCCUUUCCAGCAUUUCGAAAACUCACUCAUUCAUGCAUGCGUACUUCUUGCCAUGA